AUUCCGGAAGUAUAUACUAAAGAAAAACAAAACCACGUGUGAAGUUAAAAAACAUUGAAAAUGCCCAAAAAGAGAAAAGGAGGGAAAGAAAAAGUAGCUGUAUAUAACAGUGAUGAUGAAGAUACUUUCAGUAAAGGGAAUGAGCCAGAUCCUACAUCUGAGGAGUAUUUUAUGGAUGAUAUUGAUGAAUUCCAUGCUAAAAAGGACAAGGUUUUGCUAGGAAAAGGAAUACAAGAUGAUGUUGACAUGGAAUCAGAAUCUGAGGAUGAAGUUUUGGGUCUUGUUGAUAGUGAUGAAAGUGAUGAAGAAAUAAGAAACUAUCAACACCAGUUACGUCAAAUUAAAAGAUUGAAGAAAAAAGAUGCCAUGGGAAGUGAUUUGGAAGAAGAGGAGGAUGAAGAAGCUGGCUUACCAGACUCCAAAGCUUGGGGAAUAAAAAAGUCAAAGUAUUAUGGUGGAGAUGUUGAAGAUGAAGAUUUGGAUCUGUCAGGUUCCGAAGAUGAAGAAGCAGCUGCAGUAAUGGAAGAAAAGGAAGCUCUGGCUCUACAGAAAAAGAUGGCAGCAGAACUUGAUGAACAGGACUUUGAUUUAGACAUAUUUAAAAAAACAAAAGUUGUUGAGGAAAAAGACAAAGGAGAAGAGAAGAUUAUUAAAGAUUUGACGAAACUAUCAAAACAGGAAAAAAUUAAGCUGUUAAAGAAAGAAUCACCUGAACUGAUGACACUGAUUGAAGAUUUUAAAGUAAAGAUGACAGAGGUUAAAGACAUUUAUCAUCCCCUUUUGACCCUAGUUAAGGAAGGAAAAAUACAAGGCAAAGCUGCGGAAUAUGUGGAAACAAAGUUUAAACUGUUACUCAAUUAUUGUACAAACAUAAGCUUCUAUAUGAUGUUAAAAUCAACGCAAGUACCUGUGCAGAAUCAUCCAGUCAUUAAAAGACUAGUACAACACAGGAAUUUAAUGAAGCAGUUGGAACCAGUUGAUGACAAGGUCAGACCAGAGAUUGAGGACAUUUUAGAAAAGUUAAACAAAGGAGAGGAAAUUCACUUUGCAGAACCUGCAUCUUCACAGAAGACUUUCAUUAGGAGGAAGCUAUCAAAACAAAGCAGAGAUAGGAUAGAGCAAAAGAAAUUAAGUGAAUUGAUCUCUGAAUCGGAGGAAGAUGAUGAAUCUGCUCUACAAUCAAAUAAGAAGAAGAAGAAUUCAACAGACAAAAGAUAUGAAACGAAAGAUGAGAAAGAUGCUUUAGAGUAUUACAAUAUGAUGAAAUCAAGGGGAAAAGGUCAAAGUGAUGAUGAGGAACUGGAUGAGGGAACAAUGAAUGGUAUGGAAGACAUGAAUAAUGAUGAAAAUGUUGGGGAUGAUGAUGAAUUUGAGGGUAAAAGAAAAGUUACAUAUCAGAUUGAGAAAAAUAAGAAUAUACAGAUAAAGAAGAAAAAGGAAGAUAGAAACCCAAGAGUUAAACUAAGGAACAAGUUUAGAAAGGCCAAGAUUAGGAGAAAGGGACAGGUCCGAGAGGCUCGUACAGAAAUGAAUCGUUAUGGUGGUGAAGUGUCUGGCAUCAGAGCUGGUAUAAAGAGAAGUGUGAAAAUAAAAACUUGAUUAAUUAGAAAACAUUUUAUCAUGUUAGUGUAUCAGAAUCGUCAUCAGUUGUAAUGUAAUAUAACUGAAACCUUAUGUUAUUAAAAUGUAUUAUUGUU